AAAGAAAAAAACCUGGAUUGUUAGCCAAGAUUUUGAGCUCCCACCUUAUGUUCUCGCAUCUAACGUCCCUGUAACCAUUUUUUACUGUUUGCGUGCCGCAUCUUUAUGUUGCAGCCUCCCCGUUCCUUUUUAUUCUGUACCAAUUCUUUCUGCCCGCACUUCACCCCGUCCUACCACUAGUCCCUUCGCACCCGCUCCUUUCUGUAUGCCCCACACUCUUCUUGGUGUCUUUGUCUCAUCCAUAAAUUCAUCUAUUACCCUUCUCCCUACUGGCCCUAUCCUUCUAUAGACGUCUUUGGUGUGUCUUUUCUUUGUGUACCCAAACGCACACUCCUGAACUCGUUUUCACAUUUUAGCAAGUUUUCUCGCCAACUCAACUUUUCACGCUGGCGGGCACCAUUCCACCUAAAGGAGAGGAGGACUUUUUAACGCUUGCUGCCUCCCGGCUCAGCCGUCGCAAGCGUGUCAUAGGAGCGGCCGUGGGUGUGGCCAUGGUUCUGAUUCUCCUGGUCGCCAUCCCUUUACUGGUCCACAGCACGAAGGGAGGAGGAGCUGGCAGCGCAGGAAGCCAUUAUGAAAUGCUAGGAAGUUGUCGGAUGGUUUGUGACCCCUACACCACGUCUCAGGGCCAGGAGCUAACUGCGGUUUCCCCAGCACCUCCUGAUUUUCCAAACAGGAGGGGAAAAUCUGGUUAUCGUGGACCCCCAGGGAUCCCGGGACCACCUGGUCCACGAGGACAACCUGGAGAGCCAGGAAAGCCAGGUCCGCAAGGGCCUCCCGGUCCCGGCCCUGGUGGUUAUCAGCCAUCAUUAUACAGCCCUAAGAUUGCUUUUUACGCAGGCCUACGCAAGCAACACGAUGGCCAUGAUGUGCUCAAGUUUGAUGACGUGGUAACCAAUGUGGGCAACUAUUAUGAGCCCAGCACUGGCAAAUUCACAUGCCCUCUACCUGGCAUCUACUUCUUCACAUACCAUGUUCUGAUGAAAGGAGGGGAUGGGACCAGCAUGUGGGCAGACCUCAAGAAGAACGGACAGGUGAGGGCCAGCGCUAUCGCCCAGGAUGCUGAUCAGAAUUAUGACUAUGCCUCCAACAGCGUGAUCCUGCAUUUAGACGUGGGAGACGAGGUGUGCGUGCAGCUGGACGGAGGGAAAGUCCACGGCGGGAACACCAACAGAUACAGCACGUUCUCCGGCUUCCUCAUUUACCCCGACUGACCUGCUCGGUUUCUCCGUGAUGCUGCUCUGUACACAUACACACUGGAGAAGUACUGUGCAUAAACACAUACAUUUCCAUACACACUCAACAGGCUUGAGAGAUACGGACACGGUUUGAGAUGAAGUACAAGGGCUUCACAGAUGGGAACAAGCAAACUAUUACCUUCAUGGAUCAAGCGAAUUUCUGACACGCAGUUUGUAUGUGUGUAAAUUAUAAUUAUCUUCAACCUAAUACCAAGAUUUCCAAACUUCCCAAAAUUGAAAUGCAUAUACAGUAUAUAUAUAAAUGUCUAUAUCUAUCCUGGACUGUGACACUGGUAAAUUUUCAUCCGUUAUGUUUGUUUGUUAGUGUACUUGUCAGAAGAGUGUGUCCUCGUUCACUAUGAUUCACUUCAAAAAGAUUUCCUAGUCUUCUGAAAUUCUGUGCACUCCUCAAGUCAAAAAAAAAACUUAACGUACUUUAUGAUGUUUGGAUAACAGCUGCAUUUACACAUGGCUGAGCUUGAGACAAAAUCGGUUCCUAAAUGUACUUUUCACCUACUGGACAGCCAGUCAAAUAGUGUAGCACAGACGUAGCAUAAUAGAACCGUCAACCCCAUACUAUAUGCACGUUCACACUGCGCAGUCCUCUUGUUCAAUUCAUUUGACUUAAAGUUACUUUUUGGCUGCCUGCGUGGAAUCGGAAAUAUGGCUGAUGUGCGUGAACACACAGGAGCGAAAUUAAACACCCAACGGCUCACCGGAGCCACAUGGAUAGAUUUCCGAUAAGUGUUAAAGAAUGUGGCCCAGACCAAAACAUUAAUAUAUUGAGCCGGACUGAGAUGACCCUUCAUUUCAAACCAGUAAGGUUCUUAAAUAAUAUGAUACUUUGCUUUUUGUGAGCAAAAUGUUUUCAGCACAUAAAGAUGAUGUUUUAUUACUUUUUAAGGGGUACCCCUGUGGAGAGCUUAUGCUGUAAUAUAGCAAAAGAUAAAUUGCUGCUGCUUACCAUUAAACUUCAAGUGAACUUGAUUACAGUGUAAACAGUCUCAUCUGUUUUGAAAUCAAAUGAUGUGGAAUAUCACUCUCGA